AUGGACGCGGACAGUUUAGCGUGUCUCCUGAGCGGUGAUUACGCUCGCGUGAAGGAAGCGUUGGAGAAAUUCAACAAACAGAAUUCCCAGGUGUUCAACUUCACGCACUUCACCAACACGGGACAAUGGGUGCCGAUCUGGAUGAAGCUCUUCGAGUACCUGGCGGAUCCCGGAAUGCCGCAUCGCGUCGAUUGCCUGAUGGCCAUCAAAGUCCUCAGCCGCGACAAGACGUAUCUGAACGAUACCGUUACCAUGGAGCAGCUGGAGUGUCUGCUGCUGCUGGGUGGUAUAGGACCACCGGAAGGGUGCGACGCGACGGAAGAGGUCCGUGUGGAAGCCCUAAAAUGCCUCAGCAACAUGAUAUUCCAGAGCCCCAAGUGUCAGGAAAUGUGUCUCAAUAAUACCUCCACCGAGGGCAUCAUCAGACGGGUCAAGAUGUACAAGGAAGCGCCGUUUGGAUACGAUAUCAAGUAUUUCGAUAUGAAGCUGCUGUUCCUGCUAACGGCUAUCAAUUGUGAUAUACGAACCAAAGUACGCGAUCAACUGCACGGGCUGGUGUAUCUUGUCGAAACGUUGGAUCUCUUUAUGAGCCAGGCGGCAACGUUCAAGGAGUUUAGUGACAAAGACGUAGAGCUUAUCAACGAGGUGCUGAAGGUGCUCUUCAAUCUGACGGUUCGCAAUUCGGACAAUCUCGUGCCGGAGGAGGAAGAAGCGUCUCAGUAUCACCGUUUGGUGACCGUGCUGCACGAUCUGUUCUUCUAUCGUACGCUUAACCGCGACAAGAUCGUAUCGUUGCAUUCCAACAUCGUGAACCUGCUCACUAGCGUACCGGUCAGCUGUUACGGUGAGCUCGUCUCAUCGUUGCAUGCCAAGCACGAUGGUUCGGCUGGCGAAUGCGCCGGUACCGUACCGUUCGAGCACAAGAACGUGUACGUGCUGCACGUGUUGGUUGAGUUUAUGCGCAAAAACUUCCAAAAAGCGGAGAAAAAGUCCGACCAGUACGAAAUGCUCUCCCCGAUAUUAACCGUGCUGAUUAAAGCGGUCCGAUCGGAUGGCGUUCAUCGUCGGUUCGUGCGUUCGAUCAUUCUGCCACCGCUUCGGGACGUGCGUGAUCGACCCGAGGUAGGCAAGGAGCUCCGGAACUAUCUGUGCGCCUUGCUGACCAGCACCAGACAAAUUGCCGACCUUUCGGCGGAGUUGCUGUUCGUGCUGUGCAAAGAGAACGUGGGCCGCAUGAUCAAGUACACCGGGUACGGUAAUGCGGCCGGGUUGUUUGCCAACCGUGGGUUACUUGGCGGUCGCACUGGCAACGGGGGCGAGCAGUAUUCGUCCGACAGCGAGGACAGCGAUACGGAGGAGUACAAACAGAUCCAGCACGCAAUCAAUCCGGUGGUCGGGUGUUACGAACCACCGAAACCGGAUCCCUUGGAGGGCAUGUCGGAGGAGCAGAAGGAGUACGAAGCGAUGGAGCUGGUGAAGCUGAUGGAAAAACUCCAACGCCAGGGUUUGAUACAACCGUGCAAGAUCGGCGAGGAUGGUCGCCCCGUGCCCGUGGACCACAUAAUGGAGCUGCAGGAAGAAAUUCCCGAGCAGCAGCGGGAUCACAAGCGAAAAACUUAAACCCGCGACUAGGUGUGUACCGUCCGCCGGGGACUGUCGCUAGUUUUCGCUCUCAUCGCGCGUGAGAGGCUCAAAAUCCCGCUGGAAGAAAGUAGAAGCAUUUGCGUAACGGGUUUCAGCAACCAGCAGUAUUUCCAGAUACGCAACGACUCGAGCCCGCUGCCUCGAUAACGCUGUCUAUAUUUAUUAGCUCAAAUAUGCUACCGCUGCAGGCAGAAGGCACAUCCCGCAUUGCCAAAACAAAAACGUUCGGUGGCCGGAUUGCCGGCAGUAGAUCAAUGUAGAUGUAACUGUUUGUCUCAACUGGACGUGCGAGGGCGCGCAUUCGUUUGCGUGGAUGUUGUGAUGGAUGGUAUUUUAACAUAUUCGCCGCUUUCUGCGAACCGCGUGGAAGGAUAGAAUUUUAAACGAUGCUUCAACGAAAACACGCUGGCAGCAACAGAGUAGGCCGGCCAGGAUGCAACGCGCGAAACGUUAACAUGGCCCCAAUACAAGGCCGCAUAUAUCCUACGCAUAUUCCAUAUUCCACUUUCCGAAGUUAAUCAUAGGGUGUUUGUUAUUUAUUGCAUUAGGUCUGGGUUUUUGCGGAUUAAGCCUUCGGUUUGUGCCACCAGAUCGAAGCCCGUGGCUCAUUAUGGUUUUUAAUUCACCCUUGGAUGUUGUAGUCUGUUGUAUUUAUAUCGAAUCAAAGAUCUCCAGUCAACUUCAGCCAAUAAAUAUAUAUAUCUAUAUUAUACGACGAAGCUAAAAACGAAA